AGGCGGAUGCGGUACUACAGGCAGGUCUUCCCGUUUCGUACACAGUGGUUUUACAAUAACCCCACGUACACCCUCGCCGGGCACGCAGCGGAGAAGCUUGCUGGGAAACCCUACGAGACCCUCCUGAGGGAACGCAUUCUCCAGCCGAUGGGUAUGGACGACACGGUGUACCUGGCCGACGCUUUAGAAGAAGGCGACUUCACCAACUUUGCUCAGUCGUACCUGACCUACAAUCUCACCGGUCCGUCUGAGGCCUACAGUAGGGAGGAGUUCAGGGUGACGAAACUCCAUCUGCCGGCAGGGGGCGUAGCAUCCAACGCCUUGGAUAUGGCCCGGUACAUGAAGUUCCACCUCAGCGGGGGGAGGGACACGGCCGGCCGCCUGGUGGUCCCGGAGGACACCUUACGCCAGACCCACACGGUAGACUUCACCAUGCCCGGCAGCUUUGCCAUCGACAAACUCGAACCUGAUUGGCCGGUAGAGGCGGUCAUGACACAGGGGUACGGGAUGGGGUGGUGGACCGGCACCUACAGAGGCUACAGACUUGUCCAGCACAGUGGGUCCGUGGAGGGGUUUUCCAACCUGUUAUCUCUGUUCCCGGGGGUCUCUGGUGGGGUCUUCACCUCCACUAACGGCCCCAGUUCACCGGAAGUGAAUAAAGAUGUCCACCAAGUCAUCCACAGUCAGGUCGGAGAUAUCCUGAUAGGUAAGGACCACUGGCUAAACACCACCACAGCCUGCACGUAUCCUGAGCCUUGGUGGACGAGACCGGAGCCCAACAGCACCGUCCUCCCCGAGAUCUCGGACAACUUCCCGCGAGACAAACGUGACUACGAGGGUGUCUACGGCAACCAUGCAGGGGGCAACAUGACGAUAACCCUGAACACGACUGACAACAAGUUAUACUUCAGUCUUGGUCUGAUCGGUUAUGGUGUAGUUCUCCCUACCGAGACUGCUAACCAAAUUCUUCUCCGCUGCCAAGGACCGUUAGCGUACUUUCCAUAUCUUAUUUCCAAUGUGGGGGUAAAAGAUAGUAAGGUAUUUUCUCUCUCACUGCAAAGCUAUCCUCCCGAACCGCCUGUACUGUUCGAGCGAGGCCUGAAGCUGACAGACCCGGACCCUACAGAGCCGGAGUGGGACGACUGUACAGGCGUCUCCGGCUCUCCGAAAGGGACAGCUUGGAAUACAUCUCUUGUAAUCUUCUUCACUUUUACCUGUAGUAGUAUUUUAAGAGAUUUGAUUUGAUUGAACCUGGACGGACGAUCAGACACGUCUCAUGCUUUGAAUAUCAUUGUGGUUAUUAUUGCAAAGCUAUUCCCCCUACGAAUUGAAGUGUGAAAGAUACAAGACGAAUCCUCCGAAUAACAGACUUUGUACACUUUGUUACUCCAAUCUUAUAGAAAAUGAAAUCCAUUUUAUAUCAAAUGUUCUUUAUACAAUGAUAUACGCAAGUAUUUUUACCAGUGCUCUCAAUUUACAUAAACGGUGUAAACAGUUAACCAAAGACGAACUGUUUGUACGUAUAAUGACAACCACAGACAACAAUGUACAACAAAAACUAUAAGUAAACAACACACAUACUAUAGUGAUAGCAUACCGCCAGCUGUAUUACCCAAUUGUUCACUUGUACCACUACAUGUGAUAGUACUUAGCCUUUAGUAGCCUAUAUAAUACAAUCGAAUUGCUGCAUUUAUCCCAUGUG